AUGUCAACCUGGACAUUUAGUUACAUCACACCCUUAUCGUUUCAAGGCAAACUAUACAUGGCGCGAAUGAGCUUCGAUCCCAAAGAGAACUCGGACAUAUUCCAAGUUGAUCCACUGCCACCACCACCACCACAGGGCCAUCAUCAUGUGGAUGUGGUGGGCUCAGCUGGUUCCUCCUCAUUGACAUUACCACCACCCAAGUUGAUUGCCACAAUUCCAACCGACAAGCUCACCCGUCCCAUCCACCUAGUAGAAUGCAACUCGCAGAUCCUUGUGACCGGCUACACCGACAGAUCCUGGUUGCAUAUGAUCAUUCAUAGGCUUGCGGAUCUAAUUACAUUGGAAAAGCCGAUUCAGGUAACAAGCAUUGGGGACAAGGCUUUGUUCCUUAACAAUGUGAGGAGCAUGUCUGUUUCCUCCAAUGGGGCAUUGCCCACUGUUGUCGGCAACACCAUUGUUCAGGCCAGCCUGGCAAAUGGGUCACUUACCGAGUACAACCUUAGUACCGACGCUUGGUCACGGCCUAUGGAUGGUUGCAUCCUACGCGGACCCGUAUUCGGCCCGUGUUGCCUUAUCUACCAUAUCUACACCUGCUGCAUUCGUGAAUACUGGAACAAAGGACAACUAUGCAACCGGAACAAACCUUGCAACUGGCGAGUGAAGGGAAAGUGGCGCACAGGGGUAUAG